GCCAGACCCAGGACCCUUCAAGUGAUGAUAUGGUCAUUGGGGAAGGAAUUGUUGUGAAAAGAGCUAAGGUCAUGAGGUGCAACCACAGCAGUCCCUCAAAACUUGUCUGCGACCUCCUGUCCGUACUUUACACCAGAAGGGAGCUGGCCACAAUGUCCUUGACGGGGCAAAAGGGCAGUGCCAAAGAGGCUGUAAAGCCUCCUUUGCCUCCCAACGCACUCAAUGCCAUAUUUGACUACACACUUCAGAAAUUUCCUGGAGCGGAUGUGGCCACUCUGCGAGGAGCCAUCAGGAAUAAACUCAAUAACGAGAGCAAGGUGUUCAAGAAGUAA